AUGUACACGUUUUCACCCCGCUUUAUUUUCUCGCUCUGGUUUUUCGUUUUUUCAUUUCAUCAAGCAAAAAGUGGUGGGUGGGUUGAAACUUAUUUGGUGUUUCAAAACAUUUUUUAGUACUCAAUGGUUCUGUCUCUUGGGAAGAGCAGAGAUCACAAAUGCAAAAUCACUGUGAAUUUUUAUUUGGCGUCAAAAAUCUUCGAUUCGCAGGUUAUAAUGGUUUCCCAAAAUUAACAUUGAAACAUUAA